CAAUGCCAUCUUGCUCCAAAAAGAAAUUUACUUUGUUUAAACAGGUAAGCUAAUCUCACCAUUACUCUCCCCUCCCAGCCACCAUGCUAAAUCAUCUCUCCACAGCAACCGCAUAGGCCAAUGCCGCUCGAAACUCCACCUUCAAAACUCCCCCUUGGGUCUCCUAGGAAAGAUCCCUCAAUUGAGCUUGGCCUCCCUCCGUCUCCGGCCCUGGCAACCAGCCCGGCAUCGAUAGCAAACUCUAGAACUAGCACGCUCUCACAAUCACCCUCUAAUAUCUCCUGCCUCAGCACCGGCACCUUCAAUCCUAGCCUCCGUCAGUCUAAUCAUAUCAUGGACCCGAUAAACGUACUCUCGGACCCCCACGAAUCCAACCCUUUAAUCACUGGAGCACCAGCUACGUCCCCUACGGAUGCUACAUACAAGCUUCAACAGUUACUCAAGGCUAGGACAACAGAUGGGGUACCAGACCUGUCUUCCGAAUCGCUGGAUGACGUGGUCUCUGUUCAUUCUACUGGAUCCUCGUUAAAAUUUGCCAAGGGCAUUGUGUCGGGAUUGUUUCGUGGAAACAGAGGCAUGGUUCCAGACAGUAUGUACUCUUGCUGCUUUUCUCUCCGGGGGCCUGGUUCAUGUUAAACGUUCCCGAUUAGAACCUUCAUAUCCAAGUGGAGAGCCCAGCCACUGCUCCGGCGAGCUUUCUAGCCCCGAGCAACAAAGCGGAAAUACGACGCCUGCCCCUGGGUCAAGUAGAAGGCUGUUUAGCCCACGGGGGCUAUUCCAGAAGCCAGCUAUGACGCCGGUAAAAGGGAAAGCUCAAGACCCCCUACCGUUUGAGAGACCAGCAGAUACUUCAAUGGCUACCGACCCCGCCGAAGAAGCCCUCUCCUCCGACGAUGAAGAGGGAAGUUUUUCAGUUUUGAGCCUGGUGCGAAGGUCAAGAGAAAAAAAGGCUUUGGUGCAAGCACUCAUGAGUACACCAUUACCUGCCGCAUUGCUGUCAUAAACCCGGGUUACUAAAUAUCCCAGAUACACCCAGCCCGUCCUCGGCCUCCGUUCGAACCCAGAUUCACACUCCGUUAGAUGGAGGAGAGGACCGUGCUCCCACCUCCGAGAAUGAACGUUCAACCUCGCCCUCUGUUCUAACACCUGCCAAACCGAAGCCCAAGAAUCCGACCGAUUCCAGAGAAAGCGUCAUACCUCACGAUGAUCCGUCGAAAAAUGUUCCUUCCGACAUCGAAGCGGCUUUCACGAAGAAGAAGGGUGAAACAGGUUUAUCCACCGUCAAUUUUCUCGUAUCUUAGACUAAUUAAGCAAAAGAAUCUAUCCGCAGCUGCCGCAGUACAUUCUCAAUCCCAGCCCGUGGUAUAAUCGGCCAGGGCUCUACGAGCAGCGUCUUGGACAGAACUCCGUUAACCAAAGAGACCCGUGAAUUCCACUCGAAGCGUGGACGAAAAUCAGGCGUUGAUGCGCUGACGAGUGCACUGACGAGUCCAACCUACAGACGUAAAAUAACAUCGUUAACCCCUCCAGACGAUUACAAGCUGCCAAAUCUUCCGGGAUACGUCAGUUUCCCUCCAUAUAUUCCCAGUAGUGGCCUAGCAUUGCUAUUCGGAAACGGUGAGGAGACCUGGAAGAGCUUAAAAAGGUUUCCGUCAUUCCGCACAAAGAAGGGGAUGAACGUGGUGGAGGAGAUAUUGGAGACAAAUCCCGGGGCGGGUAUCGAGAUCGAGAAUACAGCGGAAACAGGGGACUCAAGAGUGCGGACGAUAGAUAAAUAAAGCAGGGUCGAAUGCAGGCAAUAGUAGGUCUAAUUUGCCCGGACUAUAAUUUUACUAGACUGGCGAUGGGUUGGAGGUGGGUGCCGUAACUGGGCUCUGUCAAUCCAAGCACAUAAUCUCUGGAACGUUCACGAGAUAGGUUCUUCUUUGUAAGGUGCUUUCCACCAUUCCCUAUUUUGUACUAGUAGCCCAGAACAGAAAAUGGCUGUCAAAUUACAACAUGCCCCACCUCCUAAGCGGUCAAUUCCGCUCAACCAUCGCCCCGUGUUUAAGAUCAAGGAUUUCCACCGCCAAACAGCAAGA